AGCGUGAGCAGGUUUAGUAUUACGUUGGCGACAUAAUAACUUAAAUAUUAGGGUGACACCGUUUGUUUGGGGAUUGCCCGACUGCCUUUAAUUACUUGAACAAUGUCCGCAGACAACGUAUUACCGCAUAGAGGUGAAAAAUCUACUAACAUAUUAACUGACUCGUUUAAUUCAGUGGAAGGUAUUAACAGCCUAACUUGUGAACCCGCGUUAAACAUAAACCCACAAAACCGUACCCCUGUUGCUAACGAUAAUACACCGCAAAAUAACGCGAGAUUGUUCGAGGAAGACACUUAUGCAGACGACAAUACAGAGACAGUUGAGCAGGGGGCAGAAGAUCAAACAGGCGAUAGUGUUUAUAGUGACACUAGCAGUUUAGAACAUGUUCGUAAUAAUAGUUCUGACUUAACAGACGGAGACGACGACGACGAAGGAGAAGAAGAAGGGGAUACUAGCUGUGAAUCCGAUGAUCUAUCAAACAACAGUGUCGAAUGUAAUAACACAACAACAGCAGUAAUCGUCGAAAGCGGUUCGCGUGAAUAUGUAAAUGGAUUAGAUGAAAGUGAUUCUAACAGUGUUGCUUCUUUGGAACAUAACCAAAUAGACAAAAAUAACAUUUAUGUACAAAGUGAUCGGCAUAUUGUUAAGGAAGCUGGCGAUGUUGCUUCUUUGGAGAGUAGACAAGGGGUUGAAGUAGAAUUAAACGAAUCAGAACCUGAAAUUGAUGUAGAAGACGCAAGCGAAGAAGAUGAAGAUAACUUUUGCAUAGAACAAGUCGCCGAAUGUCAUGAUAAAGACACACCAGAUGAUUUAGUACAAGCGGAUACCCAAGAGAAAAAUUCGGACGUUGUCAGUUUUGAGUCUGUUGAACGAGUCAGUGCAUCUGAUUAUUCAUUGGGUAGUGCUAGUUAUAAUUCACAUCAUACGGAUUCGGGAGAGGAUAUUGGCAGCUAUCUCACAGAAAGUCCUGGAUUAAUUCAGAGUAGAGCUAGCACAGCACAUAAAGAAAAGAAGAGCGUUUCCUUUAACGAAACUGUUGGCUUUAUUUCAUUGGAAGAUUCCACCAGUGAAGAACUGGGGGAUUCUGAAGCUGAACAAGACACUACAGGUGAACGUCAAGAUAAUCUGAACACUGGUGUGCACGAGAAAGCUGAAGUAGAAAUUGAAAACCCAGAUAGUCCAACUAGUGAUCCCAUAAUCGACAAAAGCUCGGAUGAAGACGAUAGUGUUAUAGAAUAUCCUGAAAAGUUUGAAGCCGACCCAUUUGAAUCUGAAAGUUCUGAUCUAGAAGGUGAAAACGUCUCAUACCAAGAAUCGCACGAAAGUCUGAAAUCUUUAGACGAGAAUAACAAGGAGGAUAACAAUACUGAACAAUUAUCUGAUCAAGAAUAUUAUGAAACAGAGAAAAAUAAUCCACCAAAGGAAUACAAUGUAGCUAGUACUGAAAAAUCCCAGUUUCGAGAUAUCAAUGAUACCGAUGACGACUACAGUAUCGGUACUUUUGAAACGGAAUCAGUAACAAGUUUAUUAGAUCGCAUUGAUGCAAUUAGUUCUGGCCAAGAUUGUGUAAGCCUUACCGAAACAACAAUGGAAGAAGACCGAAUUAACGUACACGGGAUCGACAACCGGAAAACAUACCCCUAUUCACACGAAAUAAAAACUGGGUGUCAAAAUGUGUACGCUUUACAAAAAACAUUAUCACACAUAUUUCACAAUUCCGCUACUCUUUUACAAGAAUAUAAAACUCAGUUAACAACGGAACAGCUAAAAGAUUUUGCAUUAAAUUUAGGGGAGUUUCGUGAAAAUUUUAUGGCAUUAGCAGAGCUAUAUACAAGUUGUGAAAAACUGUCCUUUUCUAUGAACAAAGAAUUAAAAGAAAUACGCCGCGUUACUGACGAUGUUUGUAAUUUAAUCAACCGUAAAUUUCGAGAUGAAGAUUUGAUAACUUGGAUAGAUCAUGAUGAAGAUGAAUAUUUAGAUAAAGAACGGUUAGAAGAGGAGCGUAUAGCAGCAAAUAAAUCUCUUUUAGCAAAAGCAGCGGACGCAAGGGCAUCUUCAGCGAAAGCAGCAACAAUUGCCUCAGAAACAGACAAAAUCAUAGCGGACACUGAAGCCGAAGCAGCAGAAGCCGAAUUAGCGGCAAAAAGAGCACGUGAAGUAGCCCAAGAUGCACUCCAAGCAGCAGAAGAUGCAGCACGGGCCGCGGAGGAGAGGAAGAAAGCCGAAGAUGAGGCUAAGAGACGAGCCGAAGAAAAGGCCAGAAUUAAGGCCGAGGAAGAAAAGAAAAAGAGAGAAGAAGAAGAUAGACGUCUAGAAGAGGAAGCCAAGAGAAAAGGAACAAGUCUUGAUGUAGAAAGGUCCCUUGAAGAGGAAGAACGUGCUCGACGUGAAGCAGAGAGAAAGAACCCUAACAACUGGCCACGAUACAUAUACAGUAUAGAACCUGGCGAUUUUGAUCCGGGAUUAGGCUGUAUAGUUCGGGCUAUUAAUGGGUCACUACAUAGAGAUGAUUUGGAAGUUCAAAGAAUUGACCAAAUGUCGGGUGUUUUCCAUUUAUGCGAAAACGAGGAACUUAUAUCUAAUAUUAUAGAAGUAAAACAGACUAAUAUAGAAAAAAACUUAACGUUUGAAGAACCGUUUUCCUUGGUUAUACCACACUGUUCGCCAAGGGUAUCACAGGGUCGUGAACCGGUAGUUAAAUGGUACGAUACCAGUAAAGAAGAGUGGACAGAGUUACCAACUAAUGACGCCAUCAUUGAAGACAUAAAGGAUGUUCGGUUUGUUGAAGCACGGGGCAUGGAGUUUGGUUUAUUUGCUGUUGUGUACAGAUUGAAGAGGGAGAAUUUCACCUUCACGAAAAAAGGUGGUAAAUUGUCAUCUACUGUGGAUACACGUUUCACCAUGACAACCAAACCGGGUGCAUUUAGAUAUAAUGUUGGAAUAACAACAGAGAUUCAACCAGUAGAUACCAAUACAGUUUCGGAACUAAGACAUAAAACUCCCGAAGAAUGUGGUAGCUUAAUGGCAUCAACCCCAAUUAUUAAAGUCAAAUGGACAUCUACUCGAAAACUGCCCAAACCCGUCAGCCUCACUCUACCAUGUCCACCAAAUCCAUCACGUGUAAAGCGACCAUCAACUGCUAUUACCAGAGAUAAAAUGAUCAAGGUAGAUAUGAGACCACAGACUGCCCGGUCAUUAUCUGGAUACGUCAAAAAAGAAGAUGAUUCUAAACAUGACGAAGAACUUCACCUGGUUUGUAAAGAUGAAAAUGGUUUGUGGGUUAAAGUUCAGGACGUGGCACUUGUUCAGGCUAAAAAUAAAGAUCUUGUCUCUUUUGAUAUGACUCAACCCAUGGACAGAUUCGUUGUGCUGCGUACAAAACUGGAGUUAGCUGAUUAUCAAGUAGAGAAAAUGGCCACAAGACUAGAAAAGGUGUUGUUACAACGAAAUAUACAGGUUUUUCUACGUCAGCGAGGAGAAGAUCUUAAUGACAUAUUAGUUUCUUGUGCUAGUACCAAUAAAGUAGAACGAGUGUUACGCCGUCUAGCGGAAGAUGGCUUUGACGAGGGUCCAUCCGUAAGUAAAGAAAUUUCCGUCAAAGAAGGACAAGUGCUAGAAAUUCGCUUCCGUGGUAACCUAGGGCCAGAUACGAAAGAACUCAGAACUACGUUUCCAUUUAAUUCGCAUAUACCGUGUCGUACAGAAUUUAGGGUUGAGGAACUUGAUAAAUUUGCUCAGCGUAGUUUCAACAGUUACCGUGGCUUCUGUCAAGUGUUUACAGAAGGUCUUGUACCAAAAUUUAUCCAAGAUUCAGACGACAGAGAAAACAGUAAAUCUAGAAACCCCCCUAAAAAUCAGCCAGUAAGGAUCGAAAUGGUGGAUGGCGAAAUUUUAUUGUGUGAAUUAUUAAUGACUAUACCAAAGCCAGAGCCAGAACCCCCGAAGCCGUUGCUGAAGGCGCCUUUAUCUAUAAUAAAAGAAGGACCCAUCAAUGAAGACGUGUUCCGUUUUAUAUCCAGAGAAUUGGGUGACGAAUGGAAGCAGCUGGCGAAAUAUUUAAAUAUUAGACGCAUGAGGAUACAGGCUAUCUUACGCCAGAACGUUAAUUCAGAAAGACAACAAACAAUCUAUGACAUGUUGGUCUCCUGGGCUAAACGAAUACCUCGGGCUGUCGACAAGGUGGAGAUGUUGUGCCAUGCUUUAAGUGUUUGUGGUAGAGGUGAUUUAGUUGAAGUGCUUAAAGAACGAAAUGCCGAGUUUAAAAAAGAAAUGUCUGAUAGUGCUAGAGAUUCAUAUUUAAAAACGGCAUUUGUGAAAGUGUCGAGGGAUGAAAAGGUAUCUACGGACUGGAAGGUGUUAGCUAAACGCCUAGGGCUGCCUGAUCGCACUUUACGGGAAAUAGAGGGAUCUAGACCAACACGACAAGAUCGAUGUUUUUCCAGUCUACAGAAGUGGCGAGAUAUGAAUGCGGAUUCCGCCACCAUUCCAAACCUUUCGGCAAAACUUAGAGAAUGUCGAUAUAGAGGAUUAGCUAGAGAAAUAGACGCCAUUGGUUGAAGUACCUGGUUGAUCCCCGGAGGAUGAUCUCGUCUAUAUAGACAUUGAAAAAAUCUGUGAUAAGUUGAUAAUGCUUGACGAUAACGCUUAAUAUAUAAACAUCAUUAUAUAAUUGUGCUAUGUUCCGUCCUAAAAUUGUUCAAUAAUAAUUUUAUUUUAGAUAUAGCAUUUAUAAACAGACCAGCAUUUUAAUUUAAAUUGUUUAUUUACUUGUUGAAUGUAAAAUUUGAUACUUACAUUCAAGUAAUUUGUUCUUCGAUUAUUUUUUAUUGUAUGUUUUGUAUUUUUAUCGAAACGAUGCUGUGAUAUACGAAAUCACGCGGUGAUUCUACGAUGCCAAGUAAUUAUAUAUAUAUUACCAUGUAGUGUAGCUAUUUAUUAUUUUUAUUGAAUUAUUUAUAAUAGUAUGUCAAU